ACCAUGGUCAUUGAUGUCGAAUCUGAAAAUAACAUCAUUAUUUCUGGCAUCGCCGGUAGAUUUCCGAAAUCUGACAAUAUUAGGCAGCUUGAAGAGAAUUUAUUUAACAAACUGGAUCUUGGAUCAAAUGAGGAGCGCCGAUGGAAUCAUGGUCACCCAGAUCUACCUCAACGUAUGGGACUGAUUGACAAUUGCGAGAAAUUCGAUGCAGACUAUUUUGAAAUUCCUUUCAACGAAGUCCAUAUCAUGGAUCCUCAGAGUAGGAUGCUCAUGGAGCAUACGUAUGAAGCUAUCGUCAAUGCAGGAAUAAAUCCGAAAGAUUUAUCUGGAACAAAAACUGGAAUUUUUCUCGCAAUAUGCGUGUCGGAGGCGGAAAAGGUUUGGUUUUUUGAAAAACCACAGGUAGCUGGCGCUGCAGCUUUUGGAUGUUACAAGCCUCUGUACGCAAAUCGGAUGUCUCAGUGGUUAAAUAUAACAGGGCCAUCUUGCACAUUCGAUUCCGCUUGCAGCUCAAGUCUCAUGGCUUUAGAGAUCGCUUAUAGAAGUAUCCGGUCAGGACAGUGUGACGCAGCUAUUGUCGGUGGUGUAAAUCUCUGCAUGCAUCCUUAUGUAGCUUUGCAGUUUGGAAGACUCGGAGUUUUAGCACUUGACGGAUUCUGCAAACCUUUUACCAACGAUGCAAACGGUUACAUGCGCAGCGACACGAUCGAAGUCGCAGUUUUACAAAAAGCAAAGGUAGCUAAGAGAAUUUAUGCAACCGUCGUUUACGGGAAAACUAAUUGCGAUGGAUACAAGGAACAAGGCAUUACCUUCCCGUCGAGCAAAAUGCAACAAACUUUAUUUGAAAAGUUUUACAAUGAAUGCGGUAUUUCACCGACUUGCUUAGGCUACAUGGAGGCUCACGGCACCGGCACUUAUGUUGGCGAUCCAGAAGAAAUCAAUGCACUCGAGCAGGUUUUCUGCAAGAACAGGCAAACUCCUCUAUUAAUCGGCUCUGUCAAAUCAAACUUGGGCCAUUCUGAAGGUGCUAGUAGCAUGUGUCAAAUUGCUAAGGUGAUAAUUGCAAUGGAAACUGGCUUAAUCCCGCCAAAUAUAAACUACACACAAGUACGGAAAAGUGUUAAGGCUUUUGAAGAUGGAAGUAUACGCGUGGUGACCAACACAACACCAUGGACUUCUGGAUUUAUAGGUAUUAAUUCGUUCGGUUUUGGUGGAGCUAAUUGCCACAUCUUGAUGCGAAGUAACACAAAGGAAAAAAUCAAUAAAGAAGCGCCGAAUGAUAAUCUGCCCAGACUUGUUGUCCUGUCUGGACGUACCGAACAAGCAGUUGAAUCAUUUCUAAACGAAAUCGAGAACCGGCCGAUAGACGUCGAAUAUGUACGGCUAUUGCAUGAUCUUUACGCUGACGAGAUGAAAAAUCAUCCUUACAGAGAAUACGUGAUUGUCGAAUCCAAAACGCCGAUCAAAGCGGCAAAAGAAAUACAAUAUUAUUCAGGUGAGAGAAGACCGAUUUGUUUUGUGUUCUCCGGAAUUGGAUCGCAAUGGAUUGGCAUGGGUCAAGCGCUACUGCGAUUUCCAGUAUUUUCCAAAACCAUAAAAAAAUGCGAUACAAUUUUAAAAAAACAUGGAAUGUAUAUCAUUGACAUAUUAACGAGUAAACAUAAAGAUAUUUUUGACGACAUAUUGAAUUCACUUGUGGGCAUCACUGUGAUGCAGGUGGGAUUAAUCGAUCUCUUAAGAUUCGUAAAUAUCGUGCCAGAUUAUGUCGUUGGUCACUCAACUGGUGAACUAUGCUGCGCAUAUACGACCGGUAAUUUCACCCUUGAACAAGUGAUUUUAUCUUCGUAUUACAUAGGAUUGGGAUUGAAGAAAACGAAAAAAAUUAACUGCGCAAUGGUGAAUAUCGGUCUCAGUUAUGAGAAUGUGAAGAACAUAUGCCCACCAGAUAUCGAAGUAAUUUACAGCAACAGUCAAAAUACUUGCUCCAUAAGCGGUCUAAGAAAAUCAGUAAAGGCGUUUACAAAACAAUUAGAGACCAAUAAUGUAUUUACUGAGGAAGUCAACUGCUGCGAUAUUCCUCUACAUACUCGUUAUCUUUUCCCCGCGAGAGAUACGAUUCUAGCUUACCUAAAUCAAAUAAUACCGCAAACAAUGACACCCAAUCAGAUAUGGCAAAGUUUAUUUUGCAGCGUGAAAUUAUCUUGCGCGGAAUAUUUUACGAAUAAUCUAUUGAGUCCUGUGUGUUUCGAUAAAACCGCGCAAUUAAUUCCCAGAAACGCAGUGACUUUUGAAAUCGCGCCGGAUGCUAUUGUUCAGAGUGUUACGAAAGAACUGUUCAACACAAUCAGCAUCACAUUACUUCAGCCUAAUCACGAAGAUAACGUCAAAGUAUUUUUGCAAGGUCUGGGAAAAAUGUACAACAAUGGCUUGCAACCGCAAUUAGCAAAUCUAUAUCCGACCGUAAAAUUUCCUGUUAGUCGGUCCACGCCGAUGAUCUCGCCGUCAAUCAAAUGAGACCAUUCUGAGGAUUGGUACUUAACAUGUUAUAAAAUGCUGACGAAACUCUCUAUCGGAGAAAGGAUGGUUGAAAUUGCGCGAAAUGACGAAGAAUACGAAUAUAUGAGCGGUCAUGUGAUUGACGGAAGACAGUUAUUACCGGCUACGGGAUAUCUCAUGCUAGUUUGGCAAACAAUGGGUUUGUUGAAAAGUCUAUCGUAUACAGAUAUGCCGAUCUUUUUUGAGAAUGUCAAGUUCAUUCGGGUAACGCACUUUCCAAAAGAAGGACCUGUGUAUCUAAUAAUAAAGGUGCAGAAAGGAGAUAACGCCGUCGUCACUGGCACUGUGCGUGAACCGACAGAUAUUACAGAAGAAAAGUUACCGAAACAAUUGUUAAAUGAAGAGGAAGUAAUGAACACAAAAGAUAUCUACAAGAAACUCAGAUUACGCGGAUAUCAAUACGCCGGCAUAUUUCGGGGUUAUAAGAGUUCGUCGACUACGGGAAAACAAGGGCACAUAGCUUGGAUGUACAAUUGGGUAACAUUUAUGGAUAAUAUGCUGCAAAUGACAAUCUUCGGGAUAGACACGAGGAGUCUUCACGUUCCCACGGGAAUACAAAAGUUGGUAAUCGAUACGAAACUUCACAUACAGCAAAUACGGAACGCAGCAGCUAAUGAUUAUCAGCUUCCUGUGCGUGUGUACAAAACAUGCGACGCGAUAGUAUCCGGCGGUGUGGAAAUUCGCGGAAUUAAGGCUACUUCCAUAUUUCGUCGAAAGCCAGUGGGGGAGCCCGUUCUCGAAGAGUAUAGAUUCAUAGCCCAUCGCGACGGAGCCGAGGUUUCUUUGCAGGAAGCCGUGAUGCUGUCGACGCAUCUCGCUCUGGAGUAUCAUCAAGUGAUAAAAGUAAAUAUUAUCGAAUUGAUCGAAGAUGAUGACAAAGUAGAAACAGAUGAAAUAGCAUCACCACUGUUUAUCGAUAUCUUGGGUGAUCUACCGUUGCUUCAACCAAACAUUACUCUGGUAACCAGAACCGAUCGCUUCGAUUGCGUUACUCUUCCUUCGGAAAUCACAGUCUCGCAAUCGAAGAAGUUGUCGAAUGACGAUAAUGCGAUAUUAAUCACAGGAUACAAUUUGUUCACAAAGAACAAGAGCAAGACCUUAAAAGAAAGAGUGACCCCAAUAAUCGCCCGAUUUGCGGCCCUCGAAUUUGGAACCAAAUAG